UGGGUAUAAAGGAAAUACAUCAAAUUUGAUUUUUCACAUUAUUCUUACAAUAGACUUCAAAGAUUUUAACUACUUUUAUAGUCAAUGAAGUCUGUUAUUUCAAUUCAAUUUUUUGUUUCAAGUGACAGUAGUGAUUUGUGUAACUUGUGAAAUUUGACAAACAUAACCUCAUUUUAAGUUGUGACGUUUUUGUGUGUGUGAUUAUAUUGAAUUUCGUUAAAAAAUAACUAAAAUGUUCCUUUCUUGUUAAUUGAGUGAUGGAAUAGUGUCAAUUUAAGUUUUUCUGUUUUGAAGAAUAACAGAAGUACAAAUGGAUAAACAAAAUGAGGACGAAGCGGAUGAAAACUCGUUGAAACAGGUGGUUUCGGUGCGAUCGGAAUCAAGUGUUCUGCAGGAAGCUUCAGAAAAAAUUACUCGAAUCGUUCAAUCUUCCAGUAAGGAAAUCACUGAAGAAAAUUUGAUUGGAGAUAAAAUUGGAAAGGAAACUGAAAAUUCGAAUCAGGAUGAAUUAGUUCGCACUGGAGAAAUUACUCCUUUUCAAGCCGCCAAAAAAAUUACUCCGAGCGAUUCAUCCACAGGAACAUUCAAUAAAAAGUCUCAACUGCUCGAUCUAGAAAAAUAUCUCAAGCAACAAGCAGAACUUGCAAAAACACGAAAGUUUUUAAAGCAAAAUAAAAAAGCUCCCCUUAAAAAUGGAAUCCCUUCUAAAAAAGCAAAACCUUCCUCAAAGAUUGAAAAUAUCACUAGAGAUAAAAAUUCUUCUAAAAAAGCUUUUGAAUCCGAAAAUCCGGGAAUAUCAAAUCCUGCAUUUAGAAAGGAUUUCCCUUCUGAUCAAAAAGAAAUUCCAGUUAUUAACUUAAAAAAUGUUUCUCCGGAAGGUGAAAUAUUUCAAAACGAAGGUUCAUAUUCCCAAUAUUCUGAAUCUGAAAAAUAUCCAGAAACCCGAAAUCUUCAAAUACAAACGAAAUCUGAAAACGAAGAUUUCGAACCAGAAGAAGAUUGCGAACCAGAGCCGGGUGAUUCCGGCAGCGAAUACAUUCCUAGUGACGAGAAUUAUUCCGAUUCUGAAAAUUACCCCACAAAAAGGAAAAGCCCCUCAAAAUCAAAAAUCGCCAAGUCAAAACGAACUUUGGACGACGGUGACGAGGGACUUUAUAGACAAAGAGUAAUAAAUUCCAAGUGCAGAAAAAAUGAGCCAAUGCAUAAAAUUGAUUAUAUUUUCAAAGUCCCUCAAUCUAUUUGGAAAAAACUCUACAAAUAUCAGCGAGUUUCCGUCCAGUGGUUGUGGGAACUUCACACCAGAAAUUUGGGGGGUUUAUUAGGAGAUGAAAUGGGACUCGGAAAAACUGUCCAAGUGAUCGCAUUUUUAGCUGGACUGGAUUCCAGUGAAUUACUUCUUGACGGUGGAAGAUUUCGAGGAUUGGGUCCAACUUUAAUAACUUGUCCGGCAACUUUGUUGGAACAGUGGGUCAAACAUUUUCACGAUUGGAGUCCCAUGAUUCGAGUUGCUCUUCUCCACCAAUCAGGUUCUUUCCAAGGUGACCCUGAAGAGUUAGUUGAAGGCAUAAAACACGGAGGAGUGUUAAUCACUUCUUAUUCCGGAAUAUUGAGCCAUAAGGAUUUGCUGUUAAAGACGGAAUGGCACUACGUGAUCCUUGACGAAGGGCACAAAAUUCGUAACCCGGAAGCGAAAGUGACGAAAGUUGUGAAGCUCUUUUCAACUCCGCACCGACUCCUUCUUACCGGAAGUCCGAUGCAGAAUUCUCUGAAGGAACUUUGGUCCCUUUUCGAUUUUAUCCUGCCCGGAAAGCUGGGCACUCUACCGGCUUUUCUCGAACAUUGUGCGAAUCCAAUAACAAGAGGCGGAUAUACGAAUGCGAGUGCUCUUCAAGAAGCUACUGCUCUGCAAGUUGCGACGAUGCUCAAGGACGCCAUCACACCUUAUAUGUUGAGGAGAACGAAGAAUGAUGUCCAGCAUCAUUUGAGUUUGCCGGAAAAAAAUGAGCAGGUUCUCUUUUGCAGCUUAACGGAAGAGCAGAAGAAAUUGUACAAGGAAUAUUUGGCCUCGGAUGAUGUGUCGACUGUUUUGCAUGAAAGGAGUUCCAAGGAUGGAAGAUACAGGGCAAGGAUGUUGAUCGCCUUGACGGCUCUCAGGAAAAUUUGCAAUCAUCCGGAUUUGUUUUUGUUCACAAAUCAAAUUGUGGAUUCGGAAGAAGAUGAGAAUUUGGAAUUGACGGAGGAUUUAAUGCAAAAAUUUGGACAUUGGAAGCGAGCUGGGAAAAUGAUAGUCGUUCGAUCUUUGCUGAAAAUAUGGAAGAAACAGGGACACAGGAUUCUACUUUUUACUCAAAGUAGACAGAUGAUGCACGUUCUCGAAGCAUUGCUCCAAUCUGAAGAAUAUACGUAUCUAAGAUUGGACGGCACAACUCCAAUGGCUCAGAGACAACUAACAAUUCGUAAAUUUAACACUGAUACGUCUUUUUUCAUUUUUCUCUUGACGACAAGAGUAGGGGGUUUAGGAGUAAAUUUGACAGGAGCUGACAGAGUUGUUAUUUAUGAUCCUGAUUGGAAUCCAGCGACAGAUGCACAAGCGAAAGAAAGAGCUUGGAGAAUCGGUCAAGAUAAAAGAGUGACGAUUUAUAGACUGAUAACUGCAGGAACGAUUGAAGAAAAGAUUUAUCACCGGCAAAUCUUCAAAUUGCUCCUCUCGAAUAAAGUUUUGGAAGAUCCGCGCCAAAGGCGACUUUUUCACACUUCGGACCUCGCCGAACUUUUCAAUCUGAACGAACCUUUUGACGGAGAAGGGGAAUCCGAUCAAUUAUUUAAACGGUAUAAACUCGAGCCUACAAACAGGGAAAAAAGAAAGAAAACGGAAUUGAAUUUUUCAUCCAGAAAAAUCGAAGAGAUGAGAAAAUUAGCUUCUGCUCUCAGUAAAAAAGUCGUACAAAAAGUAGAAAGUGCGAAAAGCAAGAUUGAAUCUGAAAAUAAAUUAAAAAAAGAAUAUCACGACAAAAAAUCGAUCGAAACUCAGAAUCAAAUUUCGACAAAUCCAGAUAAAAACAUUAAUUUUAAUGAAAAUCCCGCGAUUAAUUUAAUUUCUGGCCAGGAUAACGGUUCAGAUUUUUUGAAUUCUGAUUUGGAAAAUUUAAUCAAAAAAAGUACAAACAAUUCCGAAUCAGAAUUUUCAAUCAAGAUAGAUGAGGAGGAAAAAUCAGGUGAAAAAAUGAUUUUUUCACGAUCUAGUGGAGAAGAAGGCGAAAUUCGGGAGAGUGACUCGAAUCCCGAAAAUCGGGAAAAGUCUUCGAAAAAAUUGAAUUUGGAAAGUCAAAAGCGAAGUGAAAAUGAGGGGCGAAAGCGUAAAAGAAAAAAAAGAAGGAAAAAUUCUCGUGAGGAAAUUGCUGCGAUUUUUGAGGGGGAAAAAGUUCCGUGUUUAAUUGGAAGAAGACUCGGAUUUUCGAAAGAACAGUAUUCCGUUUCGGCUGAAGAUGACGAAUAUGUUUUAAAUAAAUUAUUCGCAAAGUCUGCCGUGAGUUCUGCAUUUCAACACGACUCCGUAGUUUCUGGACAAAGUUCUGAUUCAAAUGAAAGAACUCCUUUACAACGAGCAGCUCUUGAAACUGCUCAGGAAAGUAUGGAAAAUAUACGCAAAUCUCGAAAAUGGUGUUCGAAACCAACUUGGAAUUAAUUUCAUCAAAAAUGAUUUUCUGUAAAUACUUUUCUAGUCCUAAAUUCUAUACAUAUUACAGCAUAAUACGCGAAAAUGAGAACUAUAAAUCAUUGUCUUGAUGAUCAUAAUAAUUAAAAUUCAGUAUUAUUAUUUAUUAUUUUUUUUCAAUUAUUUUUUGAAAUACGUUCUUAUUUUUG